AUGGAUAGGACCCUUGAAGAUACUUUAUAUCAACUAAUACUUAUUGAAGAUCAAGAUGCAAUUGUUCAUCUAAUUACUCAAGGGGCCAAUCCAAACAAGGUUACUCGUCAUGGAAAAACUUGCUUAGGAGAAGCCGCAAAAUUAGGCAGUAUUAAUGUUGUAAAAUUGCUGAUAGACGCUACCUUAGCAAAUAAAGAUCUAUCUCAAGAUAAUGCUAAGGAACGAAAUGUUAAGACUCAUAAAAGGAAGUAUAAAAAUAAUGGUCAAAAUUGUGAAACAGUUAUCAAAUGUAAAAAUCUCAAUGAUAGAACACUCAGGGAAAGACAUUUAAACCAUUCUGGAAGUAUUGAUUCAUCAGUCCAGGGAUGUUCUAGUUUAGAUAACAAUCAGGGUUACUAUGUUUUUAUACAUAGUGAUGGAUCUAGCAGUGAUGAAAGUAGAAUCAGUAGUUUAAGAUCACCUGUUACCCCUCCAUCUCUUGUAACAUCCCCACAAAUUGAUUUAGAAUGGGAUGAAGAAAUAGGAAGUGUUGCCCCUAUGACUAGUGAAGAUGAAACAUGGUCAUCAAUGUAUAAGUGGUAUGCUGCUAUUUUGGAAUGUACUGGUGCUGCUAUUGCAUCUGCUUCAGUGGUCUCAAAUGGAAUUGAUCAACAAGAUGCAUUUAUGAGAACAGCUUUGCAUUAUGCAGUAGACCAAGGUCACCCUGGAAUUGUUAAAUUACUCUUAGAUGCUGGAUGUAAAGUAGAAAUCACUGCUGGUGAUGGUCUAACCCCUUUACACAUAGCAGUUAUGAAAAAUCAUGUAGAAGUAGCUAAACUGCUUAUUGCUGCAGGAGGUAAUGUCAAUUACAAGACACAUGAAAAAAUGACAGCAUUGCAUUUUGCAGCGUCACGAGGGUUUAUUGAUUUGGUAAAAAUAUUGGUCCUUAAUGGAGCUUACAUAGAGGCAAGAGACACAAGUGAACGCACAGCAUUGUAUUUAGCAGCAGGAAGGGGACAUGUAGAUGUUGUAACAUUUCUCAUUUCAGUUGGUUCAAAUGUAAAUGGCGAGGAAAUACAUGGAUACACCCCUUUGUGUGAAGCAGUUUGGCAAAGAUAUACAGCUGUAGUAGAAGUGUUACUCAAGUCUGGCGCCCGUAUAACUCAUUCACAUAGACUUUUACACAAUGCCAUUAUUCAGCGACAGGAGGAAAUUGUGAGGAUGUUAACAAGCUUAGGAGGUGGGAUCAAUUUACAUAAUGAUAAUGGUGACACACCUCUGUUGUUGGCAGCUCGACUUUCUCAGCCCAAUGUAGCAAGUAUUUUACUACGCAGAGGAGCAAAUGUUAACUGUACUAACAGUAUAACCGGGGCAAAUGCACUUCAUAUUGCUGUUGAAAGCAUUGAAUGUCCUAAAGAAUUUGAAGAGUUGCUUAAUUGUUUAUCACAAUAUCAUAUAGACAUGAAUACUACUGCACUCACCGGUGAUACAGCCCUUAAUCGGGCACUACUUUUGCAAAAAGAUUAUGCUGCAGUUGCGCUUAUAAGAUAUGGAGCUGAUGUAAAUGCUUGUGACCUUCAUUCUUGCGGUUUGGAUAAUUUGUCAAUAGCAAGUAGAAGAGAGUCCCACCAUUUAGCUUCCAUGCUAAUAAAAGCUGGACAUUAUAUAUCCAUCCAAGAUCCAAGUGACGUUCCACCUACUUUCAGAAGCACAGCAAAUUGGUUAUUAAAAGCUUGUAAGGAACCUUUGAGUCUUUCAGACCUUUGUAGGAUUAAAAUUCGACGCACAUGUAAUGCAAACUUAGUUGCUUAUAUAUCUAGAUUACCAUUGCCAAAGAGUUUAAAGAGAUUUCUUAUGAUGGAUGAUGAAUGUUGUGCUUACAUAAUUAAUCAUUAA